UGCAUUGUGGGAGAGGAAGUGCUGAGUUUCCCACGUUGUUGCAGCUGCGGAGGGGAAGCUCUACUAGCAUGGCCACCGCCGCAGCCGCCGAAAGAAGCAAAAAACUGGGUGAUUUAAGCGUGGAUGAGUUUUUAACGUCCGGAUUUGAUUCCGAUUUGGAAGAUGAUUUGAUAGACGAUACUCCAAAUUCUGGGGAAGAUGAGAAAAGGAAGUUGCCUUCCAAACUUGACAGCAAAAAGAAACCAGGAUGUAAUUUGGUACCAGGGGAAAGGAAAACAAAGAAAGUUAAUGCUUCAGUGCAUAAGGAUCAGCUCUCUCGACUAAAAGACCGAGAUCCAGAGUUUUACAAGUUCCUGGAAGAAAAUGACAAGACUUUGCUUAAUUUUGAUGACUCUGACAGUUCUGAUGAAGAGGAAGACCAUCACGUGUUGCCUGAAAAAUUAGAGGAGGCAACUGAUGAUGAAGAUGAGGAUGAAGACGAAGAAGAAGAAGAAGAAAAAACGGCUAAGCGGAAAAAAAUGGACUUCAUUACCGUGUCGUUAAAAAUGGUGGAACACUGGAAGGAAGCUGCAGAGAAGAAACUCACUCCUAGGGUCUUCCAUGAAAUCACUCAAGCUUUUAAAGCCUGCGUGGUCACCGCCAAAGGAGAAUCUGCAGGGCCUGAUUCCGGCAAGUUCAAAGUCACCGACAGCACAGUCUUCAACUCACUUGUCUCCUUCUGUGUCCGCGACCUCUUCGUUCUUGUGCAAAAACUGCUUCAGGUGAAACCUGCAAAAAAUAAAUCAAAGUUAGUUUUGCCUUCCUCUAGCCCAUUGUGGGGCAAGUUGCGACUGGACAUCAAAAUGCAUCUUGGCUGUACCAUUCAGCUUCUGUCGUGUUUAACCCGAACCUCUGUAACGAUAGCUGUUCUUCACCACAUCAGUGCCAUAGUGCCUUAUUUUCUAAGUUUCCCCAAACAGUCUCGCAUGCUACUUAAGCAAAUUAUUCGGCUCUGGAGCACGGGCGACGAGGUCGUGAGAGUUCUAGCUUUUUUGAUACUCAACAAAUUCUGCCGGUAUAAACAGGAAGCUUAUUUGCCCUCCGUUCUUAAGCAAAUGUACAUUUCCUACGUCAAGAAUUCUAGGUUCACCUCUCCUAACGCCCUCCCUCUCAUCAACUUCAUGCAACGGACUCUGAUCGAGAUGUACGCUCUGGAUCCUUCUGUGUCUUACCAGCAGGCCUUCAUAUACAUCCGUCAGCUGGCCAUCCACCUGCGUGGGGCUAUGACCAUCAAGAAGAAGGAAAACUAUCAGUCGGUUUACAACUGGCAGUAUAUCCAUUGCUUAUAUUUUUGGUGCCGGGCGCUGAGUACGAUGCAUCCGAAUGACGUCAUGCAACCCUUGAUUUACCCUUUGACCCAAGUCAUCAUUGGUUGCAUUAAGCUGGUACCAACAGCUCGUUUCUACCCUCUACGUAUGCACUGCAUUCGGGCGCUAACCCUGCUGUCGGAGAGCACUCAGACUUUCAUCCCUGUCCUGCCUUUUAUUCUGGAGAUUUUCCAGCAGGUAGAUUUCAACAAGAAACCGGGGCGCAUGAGUGCCAAGCCUAUCAACUUUGCCGUCAUCUUGAAGCUCUCUAACGCCAACCUGCAAGAGAAGGCCUUCCGGGAUGGUCUCCUUGAACAGCUGUAUGACCUGACUUUAGAAUAUCUCCACAGCCAGUCUUACACGAUUGGUUUCCCAGAAUUGGCUCUGCCUGCUAUCCUUCAGCUGAAGUCCUUCCUGAAGGAUUGCAAGAUUGCCAACUAUUGCAAAACCAUCCGUCAGCUCUUGGAAAAACUACAGGAGAACUCCGCGUUCAUCACAGCCAAGCGCCAGAAAGCUGCCUUCGGCGUCGCUGAUCGCGAGGCGGUGGAGCGAUGGGAAAAAAACGUAAAAGCCGAAGGAACUCCGCUAAGGACAUACUACGUGACCUGGAAGAAGCUGAGGGAGAAGGAAAUACAGCUUGAAAUUACUGGCAAAGAACGGAUGGAAGAUCUAAACUUCCCAGAAAUUAAACGCAAGAAGCCGAAUGAAAAGAAGGAGGAGGAUAAGAGGGAAUUUAAGGACCUCUUUGAAAUGGAGAGCAGUUCAGAAGACGAGACCUCGGAUGUCUUCUCCCGUAAAGAGAAAAGCAAGAAGGGGGCUGCAGACCGUGCUUCCGUGAGCAGCAGUGAGGAAGAGGAAGAGGAGGAGGAAGGAGAAUAUGAAGUGGACGAUGAGGGAGACGAAGAGAACCUGAGCGACUCGGACGGAAGCGAGAGGGCCGUGCCCCAACCGAGGAGUCGUCGUCGGAAGCCGCUGUCUCGGGCGGAGGUGCAACAGCUGGCACAAGGAGGAGAGGACGUAGUGGAAGACUUGGAUUUUUCCGAUGGAGACUGAUGGAUGGACAGUAUUUUUUUGUGGGUGUGUGUGUGUGUGUGUAACUGGACAGCUGUUGCCACUUGUGGAGGGCCGAAGAAAUGGAUUCCAGCUGGCUCUGAAGCCGUUGGAGGGACAUGGCAGGAAAUUUUGUCCUCUGGCAGGGGAGCCUAAAAAAACCACGACGGCUGUAAAAAAAACAAAACCUGCCUCUUUAGAAUAAUGUGGGUUCUUAAAACCAUCUCAAAGUAACACCUCCUUUAAAUAUUAUUUCUUUUUUUUAAAAAAGCCCAGCCUCUUCUGAAGAGGAAAUCCCACUCACGCCAGCGCUGGAGAUAAAGAGAUAAAAAGACCAAAGUCCCACCACGUUUUUUUGCGCCUUGGCUCUUUUCCUAAUACCAAGUGGACAUUAUUUUUUUAAAAAAAAAAUUUUGGGACCAAAGGCAGCAGGAAGAGUUGGAAAUGGGCAGCACAAGGCAUGCUUUGAAACCACCCAAAUUCCCUUAUGAUUAUUAUUAUUAUUUUUAUUUUUCCUGUACGGCAACGUUUGUGUUGGUUCUCGGCUUGUAAAAACAGCCUCUUGUGGAUUUCUUUCGGGAUCUCGCUGCACUGAAACCGCAGCGGGCAAAACGGCCAGAUCCCGAUGGGAGAAAUGGGCUUUCACUACAUUGUGAUCUACUCACCCACUGUGCAGUUUCCACCAGGAACUGAGACCUUGACACUUAUCACUUAAGGCCACCUGACAGAUCAGAUCUAGGAUAAGGUGUUAGCAAGUCCUUAUUGUUGGUCGUGGGUGGAUCCCCAAUGUAGCCAGGAUCUCUGUGUAGUUUGCAAGUUAGCUGAAGUCUUCGGCUUGGCUGAAGAACCAUGUUUUGUGGUUUAUGGAGAUAACGCUUGACGUCCAAGAGCCUUUAAGUUGGGGAUCUCCAAACUUGGCCCCUUGAAGAGGGGUGGAUUUCAACUCCCGGAAUUCCCCAGCCAGCAACUUGCUCAUAUUUAUAGCUCAUGCUGGCUGGGGAAUUCUGGGAGUUGAAGUCCACCACUCUUCAAGGGGCCAGGUUUGGACACCCCUGCCUGAAGUGGUCAAUUCGGGUUGCCAUAAAUUUGAAAAGAUGGUGGUUCUAGCUGUAAGCUGUGGAUGAUAGGGUCAAGGAAUCAUGGCUGUUGUUAGCCUUUAUCUUUUGUAAAGACCAGAAGUGUUAUCUGGUAGGGUUCUGUAGACCAAGUUCAGAGUUGAGAUGUCAGUAGAACGUGCAUCAGGGUUUCUCAGCCUUAAACAACUUGGAAGCAGGGGGUUGGACUAGAAGACCUCUAAGGUCCCUUCCAACUCUUGCUAUUCUAAAGAUCUGUGGACUUCAAAUCCUAGAAUUCCCCAGCCAGUUGGUUUGGGAAAUUCAGGGUGUUGAAAUCUACACAUAAAGGUGAGAAACCCUGAUCUAAGAGAGUUGUGUAUAUACCCACCCCUGGUAUAUGUCUGGAUUUGAACUCUGCUUUCAGAAAGCCAGUUGGCUUUUAGAAGGGUGGACUUCGACUCUACGAAUUCUGGGAAAUUUGAGUCCUCCAGAACGGAAGGUGCAACUCAACUCCCAGAAUUCUGCAGCAGGAUGUAAGAAUUUUGGGAGCUGUAGUCCACCAGGGUGGGGUUUCAGCUCCCAGAAUUCUUAGCAGUGGUGGCUGGAGAAUCUUAAGGUGUCCCCAUCCCCAGAUGGCUGCAAUUCAAUUUCCAGCUUUCUCCAUCGUAUGGCUUGGAGAAUUCCGGAAACUGAGCUCCACGCGUUCUCUUGAUGGUAGGCCCCAAUUCUUCUGAAUUCUGUGCUCAAAAUUCUGGGAAGUCCCAUGCCCUCCAACUGGUGGGCCUCCAACUCUUAAUUCUGUUAGGAAUUCUGAGGCUUGGGAGUCCAAUCCAGGCGACGGAUCCAUGUCCCGUAGAUGGUGGGUCUCCCAGAUUCUUCUGACUUCUACGUUCAGAAGAGGGUCUUCACAGAGGGUACAAUCCUAUCUCAAUAGGAUACCCUAUAGCAGGGGUCUCCAACCUUGGUAACUUUUAAGACUUGUGGACUUCAGCUCUCAGAAUUCCUGCGAGUUGGAAAUCCGCAAGUCUUAAAAGUUGCCAAGGUUGGAGACCCCUACCCUAUAGCAACGGUAGUCUUGAAAAGCCUAGAAGUUGAGGUCCUCUCCUGACACACACACACCCAGCACCAGAUUGGCCGCCAUUCAAUCUUUGGUGUUGUCCAGCACACAGACUGGAGAAUCCUGGGAAUUGAAGUUCACCAAACAUGGGAGAUGGAACUCCCACAUCUUCAAGGUAGGUUUGAUUGUUAAACACAUCAUUCUGCUAAAAAUUGAAGCCCAUUAGACGGAGCAUUCUGCACCUGAAUGGGAAGAACUUCAAUUCUCAGGGCUCGGCAACGGGGGUGUAGAAUUAUGGGAAUCAAAGUUAACCCCCCAAUCCAAGUCAACGAAUGCAACCCAGACGUCUUCCGCUUAUUUCUGUAUUCUGGGAACUUAAAAUCCAACAGGGUUGUUCGAUUGAACUUUAAGUCCCCAGACGUUUAGCAAUGUAGCCGGAGAAUUUCUGGGAAACAAAGUCCAAACAUUUGGGGGUCUUUUUGUGUAUUCUGGGGGUGUGUGUUCCUCCCAAAUCUUUCUGUACAUUAGAAACUGUGGCUGAGGUCCAUGCAACUCGGAUGCACAGAAUUUGGGUUCCUUUGGGCUCCCCAGAAUUCAGACUGAUAGGCUACAGCAGGAGGUCUGCAAACUUGGCUCUUUUAAGACUUGUGGGCUUCCAACUCCCAGAGUUAAAAGAAAAAAAGCCAGUUUCCGGACUCCUGGCCUACAGAAUUCUGGCAAUUGUUAAGUUCUUUAGCCACUUCCCCUCCAGUGGAUGCUCCUCAACCCUGAAACCUUCCCUAGUAUUACUCUGCAGUGCCUUGGCAAACUUAAGAUGGGUGGACUUUAGCUCUAGUAAGAAGUCUACACAACUUAAAACUUGUCAAAGUUUUAUUACGUAGGGUCUCGGUUCAUUGGGUGUCCUGCAUGGUCCCUCCCCAAAUCAUCUCAGCACCUAGGCAGGUGAGUCAGAAGAUCCAUACGUGUCUCCGGGUAAGUGCAGUUCCUCCCCUUGUUUUAAGUAGGUUUGCAGGACAUAUUCAAAAGUAAGGGGCCUCUUUUUCCAAACCUCCUUAUUAACAUAUAUUAUUCUAAAUUAUUAAUUUCGAAUAAUAUAUGUUCCUGCAAGCCUACUUAUAGCGAGGGGCGCACAGAGAAAUCCAUCUGCACAGUGGGUGACCCCCAGAAAUAUGGGGGGGGUUAAGAAAGGCCAGGAGCUAACCAUGGCACCAAGGGAGGCUGGCAGGAAGAUCUGGGGCAUCCAAGCCCCCCCAGGGGCAGCCUUAGGCAUCCCAGAUCCUCUUGCCAGCUUGUCUUGUACCAUGGUUGGAGCUGAGGGUUGGUGGGGAUUGGGGGAGGCUGGGAGAUGGGGGUGCAGGAGUGCUGGGCAGCUGCCUUGGCUCCUGGGGUGGCAUUUUGGCUACUCCAAGGUCAUUGGCAAGCUGUUCUCCACGGCCCCCUUGCACAUCCAUCUCCCAUAGUCCUCCCUCAGUCCCCAUCAAUGCCUCCUGGCUUAAUAAGGGGCCUGUGUGUGGGGGGGUCCUGGGAGGAGGGGGUGUAAAGAUAUCCCCCUCCUCUUCCUAGGACCGCCCUCCCCUGGGCCCCCUCUUAAGCCAGGACUGGAGUCAAGGGUAGUAGGGGUGGGAAGCAGAGUGGGGUGUACUAAAUUUUUUUUGUGCUGUAA